AUGAAAAUGAUGAAAUUUGUUUUGUUAGCGUUUCCAGUCCUACUGUUAGUCUGUCCUGUAUUUGGCGAGGAACAGCAAUUCAUGAUACCACCAUUCCUACUGGGAGCGCCGGAAUCAGCUGUGAGAGAGAUGAAGGAACUGUUUCAAAAAUAUGCCAACAAGCCGGAUUCUCAGCUGGAGGCAGCAGUGGAGGAAUGGGUGAAUGGAAAAGGCGGUAUGAUCAAGGAAAAAUACAAUCAAUUUAAAGCAAACAUGCAGUUAAUGCACGAGAAGACAGCUUUACUGCGAAAAGCAAUGGCCGAAAAUUUGUCGCCAGAAGCGAAAAAGGCAGACGUGGAUUUGAGUAGCAUUGGAAAAGAUAAAACAUUAUCUGAACAGCAGAAGAGAGAGAAAUUCAAAGAAUAUUUAAGAAAUUUGUCCCCAGCAGUGAGGAAUGAAUUGCAAGCAGUAUUUUAUGCUAAAUUUUAA